AUGUCUUCCACAAAUGGCCACACCGCGAACGAGGAAUCCCUAAGUCUCAUCACCCAACUGCAAGCCCUGGCAUCGAGGCUCAGCAACCCCCACGAUGUCGACGCCCGCAAACAAUGCCUGCAGCUCAGCAAAGGCCUCACCGUGCAACUGGAACAGCCCGAGAACAUCGCGGUGGACAUGGCCUUUGCGCCCAUGGUCGCCACCAGCGCUCGUAUCGCCGUGGACCUGAAUCUCUUCGCGCACAUCGUGCAGGCGCACGCGCCCAUCACCGCCGCAAGCCUGGCCGCUUUGUCCGGUGCGGAAGAACUGUUAAUCGUGCGCAUUCUGCGCCUCCUCGCCGCCGUCCACUUCGUCCACGAGGUCGCGCCGCAGACCUGGACGGCCACCCGCAUCACGCACGCGAUGGCCACGGAGGAGAUCGCAGCCGGCCACCGCAUGGUGUCGCGGCUGAUCGUGCCGGCCAUGCAGAGCGCGCCGGCCUACUUCCACGAGCGCGGGUACCGCUGCCCCUUCGACCCGACGGACGGGCUGAUGCAGUACGCCUUCGGGAGCACGCAAAGCACCUUCGACCGCAUCGCCGCCGACCCGGCCCUGCUCCGCGACUUCAACACCUUCAUGAGAAACACCAUGGGCGCGCGGAAGUACUGGGUGGACUGGUAUCCCGUGCAGGAGCGGAUCCUGGAUGGCUUUGCCGCCGACACGGCGGCGGCGGCGGCGUUGCUGGUGGACGUCGGCGCGGGCAAGGGGCAUGACCUGCUGGCCUUCCGGGCCAGGUUCCCCGACGCGGGCGGCCGGCUGGUGCUGGAGGACCUGCCCGCGGUCAUUGACGGGCUGAAGGAGGUGGAGGGGGAGGGGGAGCCGGCCAUCGAGACGGUGCCCUAUGACUUCUUCACAGAGCAGCCGGUCGUCGGCGCCCGCGUCUACUUCUACCACCACCAUACCCUCCAUGAUUGGUCAGACCCCUACUGCCUCUGGAUCCUGCAGCAGGUGGCCGCCGCCAUGACUCUGGGGUUCUCGAAGCUGCUCGUGCAUGAGAUCAUCGUCUCGGACCAGAGGGCCGCCCAGUUCCAGGCGCAGUUCGAUAUGACGAUGAUGGCCUUUAACUCGGGGAUCGAGCGCACCCGCCCGCAGUGGCAGACCCUGCUGGAGGCGGCCGGUCUGACGGUGGUCGGGGUGUGGGAUUCGGUCAAUGAGGGCGGCGAUGGGAUUGUGGAGGCCAUGAAGCUAUAGUACUGUACUUAAUCCUGAGGUCUAACUGGCUGC